GAAUGGGCUGAGGGAACGAGAGGGAGGGAGGAGGAACCGAAAGAGAAAAAAAGUUCAACCAAAAAUGGCUUCCUUGUCUUUGGAGUCUCCAGAACAAACGGAGAAUGGAAGCGCCGAAUCUGGACAAUCAGAAGCCCGAGUCAAAGAGGAAAAAGACUCGGAUGAAGUUUCUGAGCGGCUGUUUGAGACCUUCCCAAAGUCCGCGCUCGGCUUUUCCAGUGAGCAGGUCGCCUGCGUAUGCGAAGCUCUCCUGCAGGCGGGCAACGUGGAUCGCCUGUGGAGCUUCCUGGCUACCAUCCCUCCUUCGUCCGACGUGCUACGUGGCAACGAGACCCUGCUUAAGGCCCAGGCCCUGGUCGCCUUCCACCGCGAGGACUUUGCAGGCUUGUACGCCAUCUUAGAGAGCCGCGACUUCCACCCGAGCAACCACGGGUUCCUGCAGGACCUCUACCUGAGAGCGCGCUACAAGGAGGCGGAGAGGUCGCGGGGUCGCAGCCUGGGCGCAGUGGACAAGUACCGGCUGCGCAAAAAGUUUCCCCUUCCAAAGACCAUCUGGGACGGAGAGGAAACCGUGUAUUGUUUCAAGGAAAAGUCUCGCAACGCCCUGAAAGAGUGUUACAAAGUUAACCGGUACCCAACUCCUGACGAGAAGAAAAAUCUAGCCAAGCUUACCGGACUUUCUUUGACACAAGUGAGCAAUUGGUUCAAAAAUCGGCGACAAAGAGACCGAACUCCAUCCGGUACUAAUAGCAAAAGUGAAUCUGAUGGAAACCACAGCACAGAGGAUGAGGCUAGUAAGGCUGAUCUGGAAGACAUUACUGACAAGUCUGCUGCUCAAGAGGCUGGUGGUUCAACUCCUUCGCUCAUAUCCAUCUCUAGUAGUGCCCCCUGUAGUACUGGAGGACAGCUUAUUCUCAAUAACACAGGGGGAUUUCUUACUAGUCCUCAUCCCCUGUUGCUCAAUGGGAGCCCGUUACUAUCAGGGACUGGAACUGGGGUCAUUAUUAAUGGACUGACUCUGAGUGAUGGUCAUGCAGUCACCCUCAGUCCCGUGACUACCAACACUCCCCUUUUACUCAAUGGGGCUCAGGUUAUAUCAAAGGGUAAUGGUAACAAUAGUGUCCCCGAAAACUGCAUUGCCAAAAUGGUAACGCAGCCCAACCUCACUAGCACAGUCCCUGUCUCAUUGACGGAAGAAACGAAAGUGACCAACCAUAAUGUGUCUCCGUUGGACUUCAUUACUGUUCCAGAGGCUAUGAAGGCUCAAGAGGGCACCCAAAUUGUGCCUCCCAUCUCUAUAUCCACAUCUACAAUCUGUUCCACAGUGAUGACUCACACUUCCCUUACUUCAUUAGCAUUGACUCAAAAUGGCAUUCUUUCUUCUGCAGUUUCUCCAUCUUGUGUAGUUAAUUCCAACCUAGCGAUGCCACUACAAUCCACUCAACAACCUGAGUUUCUGGUAGUAGCAACAGCAGGUUCCCAAAUAAAUCCUACUUCGUCUGUUUCACAAAUUUCAUCUUCUUCCACUGUCUCAAGCUCUCAGGUUCUUUCUUUGCCCCAGGUGGUACCAUCCAUCCAGGGCAUUCCAGUGUCUCAAUUAGUGCAGCACCCAGCAGGGACGCCGGUGUCUUGCCCUCAGUUGGUACCAGUUUCCCCCAUUUCCACUCAACUGUCCCAGAGUUCCGUCCCUCAGUUUUCAACCUCCAAUCUGCAAAUUGGGCACAGACCUAAUCAAGCUCAACUUCACAAUGGAUCCUCUGCACUUGGGGAGAAUACUAUUGUGUCUGUCCCCCAGGUGCCUAAUGGGCAGGCUCCACAAGGGCUGACACUUCAGUUAACAGACCAGUCAAAUUCAGCUACCAGCCCCCAGAUACAGACGCUGGGUACACAAGGCAUUCCCAUCUCUUCACCAACUCAAGUAGUUCCUGUUUCACAGUCCAAGGACACAGGGCAGCCCCAACUUGUACCUUUGCCUCAACUCAUGCCUGUAUCCCCCAUUGCUGGAGCAUCUGCAGGGACCAUAUCCUUCCCUCAGGUGGUCCCAGCAGCACCCCCAUUCUCCAUCCCAACUCCAGGAGGUGCUUUCCAAAUCUUAUCAGGCUCUGGAGGAGGUGUUGUGCCCCAAGGGGCUAUACGGAUAAGCCCCAUAGGACCUCCUCAGAGUGUGCCUACAGCUGGUGCAAUUCCAGGUGUCCAGCUUCUCAAUUCAGGUGUUCUUCAACUUCCUUCUACUUCUCCAGGUAACUUCUUCUUGGCAGGUGGCAGUCCCUUCCUGAGUGUUCAGAAUGGCAAACUCAUCCUCACCAUCCCAGCUGGUUUCCAGUUUACCAGUAUGCCUGUCAAAUCCAUUCCAGAAAACCAAGGCCCAAGCUUAAACAGCAGCAGUGGACUAGAACAAACCUCAACAGGAACAUUACUACAAAAUCAGCCCAUCUCCCUAUCCUCUGUCCAGACCUCUAAUCCAUUUCAGUCAUCUCCUUUAAUUGGCUCAUCUGCGCUUUACUGUAGUCCUGAGACUGGAGCCCUGGCUAACCCUACACCAGGAGCCUCUCCAAACACCUCAGACUCACCAACCCCAACCCCUACUAGUGUUCUAACGUCUCAUCAGACCCUCAGCCCUGAGAGCAUGCUUUCAUUCAGUCCUCUGAGCAGUGGGGUAGCCAGUGGUCCUCAUCUCAUUCAGCCUGCUUGGAGUCCUGUUCCAUUGUCAUCAUCAUCUGGACUCACACUGUUUGAUGUACGUGGGAAAGGGGAUCUACCCGAGGACCCGGCAUUAUUGGGAUUACCAGGUGGGGAGUCCCUGCUAUUGGGUACCCCUCCUCCAAGUGAUGAUGUACAUAGGGAAUCUCAUCUGGACGAUGUAGAGAUGGAUGGAGACUCAAAGAUUCUUACACAACUACAGUCUGUCCCAGUGGAUGAUGAUUUGGGUUUGUAACUGUACUUCACUUGGGCUGCCUUUUAGGAGCUCUUAGACAAUCUUGACAUAAAGUCCACAGCACUCUGUAUUUUGUGUGUGUCAAUGUAUGGCAUUAGAGAAAGGAAUCAAGAUAGACUCUGAGUAAAUGAUGAGCAUUUAUAUUUCAUGUAAAAAAAAAUCCCCACCAAAAAAAAACCCAGGUCAAUCCACUCAUAAGCUUCUAGAUUUUGUUGGAUCUAACAUCAUAAUUUUUUUGGGACUCACAGUAAAAAGCCAUAGGUUGUUGAGGUAUUAUUUCCCACAGAAAGACAUAGGGAGUAAUAUCAUGGAGCAUUUACCUUUUGGGCAUUUACCAAACAGCAGGGCUAUUUCUUUUUUAAAAUAGAAAUCAUUCAUUGUAGCUUGAAUUUUCCAUACAAGCAAUUUUCGUAUCAUUAAUUUAUGAGACUCCAAAGUUAAUGUUUGUCAGUCAAACACACUAGUCAGUCAGUUUAAACACAGCUCAUUCAGAGAAGGCACCGCAGACCCGUUUAUCUGUCCUUUUUUAGCCACAUUUACAAAUCUAAACUUUAUUGGAUUUUACAGCACAUUUUAAUGGGUAUUUUAAAGUAAUGGGAAUAAGAAGCCAUUGUUCUUUUUGUCUCCUAAAGUAAGAUUGUUUCACUCACAGCCACUGUUCUCAUUGCUAUAUUUGUUUUAUUUGUCAUUGAUGACUGCAAAAAUUUCAGCAAACAUGCUGCUUGCUAAGUACAUUACAAGGUGGACAGUUUACCAUUUACCCAAUAUGGCCAUAAAGGGGGACUUGUAUAGAAGUGCAUUAUGAUGCAAACAGAGCAUAGUAAUUUUCCUUAGUCACAGCUAUCCUUAAAGGAUCAUCAUUAUAAAAUCUAAUAAAUACACAUGAUUUGGCUCAUACUAGGCUCAUCCUGUGCAUUGUGAGAACUAAUAACCUUAAAAGACCAAUGAAAUCACACAGCGUAAAACAAGCUUUAAUGAGGAACCCAGGAUUUUUUUUUUUUUAAACUUCUUUAUAAGCCAGACACCUGGAUAGGAGUGUGUGUGUUGACCUCGGAACAUGAAGUAGCCUAAACUAUACAUUGUAGAAACGUGUAAUUAUUUUGUAAUUUGAUUACAUUUCACAUGACAACAUAAUAGACUAUGCUUAUCGCUUUCUUUAGGAUCACUUUAAACGGUUUCUGAAACUAGGCCUGGAUUUUCCAGACAGUAAGCUUGAGUUCCCUUUGUGUAGGAUAUUUAGCUGAAGUUAUGAAUCAUUAACGUUGUUUUAUCCUCAAUGAGAAGAGAGGGAUGUUGCUUUUAAAGAGUAAACAACUGAUAACGUGUAUUAUAAGGUAUUUUAUCACUUUUAGAUACUUUAUUGUGCUGUCUGUCAGUGUGUAUAUACGUUUUAUCCUCUCAUGUGCAUCCAAAGACUGAACUUUUUCAGCAUGUUGCUAGAUUGCCUAGGUAAUGUUAGCCCAUGACACCUAAUGUUUUCCUACACAUGCACAUUGUUGCUAUUUAAAUUAUGCACCAUCACCGUACAAGGAUUCUAUUACUAGACUCCAGAGACUGUUGCUUUUCAUAGUUUCUGAUUUAACACUCCCAUCCAUCUCUGCAGUGUAGCACAUGUUGAGAAGGUACUGUUCGUCAAGUUACUUUAAAGAAAAGGGUUUAUUACUGUUCGAUUUGAUCUUUUUUUUUUUUUUAUCUAUGCAAUGACAAUUUUGUGUGAAAAGAAACUUGGUGCUUUUAUUGUUUUUAGGUGACUCCAGUUACUAUAAAGGUAAAUCUUGCGAUUUUGACACUCUUUUGAAUGUGACUCAGUUUUCACACUACAUGUUCAUCAAUUAUGUGCAAAUAUAAUAUUGUUUUUUUUCCUCCUCUUUUUAUAUUGAGAAUUUUGUAGGAUUUAUUUCAAAUUACACACAAUGUCUGUUGUUUUUCAUUCUUGUGCAGCCACAUUAAUUGUUCAUUGAUGAUUCUGAAACCUAUGUCUUGUAUGAGGUCAGGCCAGCAAUUUUUCAGAGCUGUGUUGUCACAUUUCACGAGUUACUUUGUGUAUGGACUACCAUACACAAAGUAUGGUAGUCCAUAUAGUGAGCCAAUCUGUGGGAUUGGCUCACUCAUCAUUUCUGACAUUUCUAGAUGCACACAAGGAUAAAAAGCUGUUCAGUCAAAUUGGACUCCAUGUCAAAUUAUGGUGCUUAUCUCCUGUAGGCCACCGUGUCAUAAUAUUUUGCACAUUUUAGCCAUGAACUUCUUAGUCAUUUACUCUGCUCUUGGUAAUAUCAUUGGUCCUACUGAAGCCAUUAAGAAAUUUUGACCUAUAAUAUUGACCUAUAAGUAAGUGACAUAAUGACACUAAUACAAUCUUUAUGUACUGUUAUGUUGUAGGAGACAACAUGUAUGUUGUUGUUCAUUCCAAUCUUAAAUGUGCCUUUUUCUUGUUCUGUAUGUUUUAUUUUCAGUGUAUAUUUAAAGCCUUAGCAGGGGUGGACAAAUCACUAGUCUGGGUACCUGAAGCAAGUAGGUUUAAUAUUCAGCAGGGUGAUAAUAUACCUGUAAUGGAGGGGCUAGAUAAUAUUUGCAAAAUCAGGAUUAUGAAGGGAAAUAGUGACAAAGCUGAGCCAAGUACAGUCCAGUGCAGCACAAAAACCUUAUGUUAUUUCAUUGUGCAGGUACCUCGCAAUUAACACCUUCGGGCAAAAAUGGAGAGACUGACUAGAUUUAAUUAGCGUCUUUAUGUUCGAGAGAAAGCCAGAGCUUGAAGCUGAAAUCUUAUUAGUCAAAGACUUCCUACCUUUUUGUGUAAAGUGCACAUAUGAUUCAGAUGAUAAGGAGAAGGGCUGUAAAGAUUAUAUAAAACUACCCUCCCAGGGAAUCAGGCCCUAUUUCAAACCUCUUUAACUAGACUAAAUGUAGUUAAGGCAAUUAACAUAAUUUGCUUGUUGUGCUUGAAUUAAGUGGUAUUAUUCACCACAUUUUAGUCUAUUUAAAUAGAUUUCUGGACAUAACAUGUUGGGUAGCAUAAUGGAGCUUUGACUGGUGGGCUGAUUAAUAAUUGGUGAUUUGUCCACUCCUGAUUAAUUAGUUAUGAACCAGCAGUGUGCUGUUGGCAGAUCCACAGAUGUCCAUCAGAACUCUUCAGUCGCAUUUUCUAUAUAUUUUCUGGAAAUAAUUAUAUUUUAGAAGUGUAUUCAAAAUAGGACAUGUAGCAUUUAUAUGCCAAAGGCUUGUAUUACUUUAUCUGUUUUAAUUCUUCCAUGCACCUGAACAAUGUGUUGUUUUCCCAGUAUGUAAGAAACAAAGGGAAUUUGUGUGUGUGUGUUUGUGUCAGUGUCUGUGUGCAUUGGUGUAAAUGAGCAACAAGCAAUGAACUUUCCUGUUGCCGAUAUUGAAUGUUGUCGUUUUUUUUUUAUGGCUUAUUUUAUCAUAGUUGUUACAGUACUAUCAGAUAUACAAAGCCACACUCCUCUCCAUCCCAAGGAAAAUAUACAGCUAAUCAAGCCAAAGAAUUUUGCAAUGUACUUUAAAUUUAAUAAAGGGAAUUUUUUUUAUUUCUUUUGUUCCCAGCAUGAUAAACAGCAUAUCUCUUUUAAAGAGCUGUUUUGUAUUUGUUAUAGUUAUUCUAUUUUUUUAUAUUCAAUCUAAUUUUUUUUUGGCAUUGUGUUAAAUAUACUUUGCAAUGCAAGCUGUUUCGUCUCAUUUUGUGGUUUUGAUGAAUACCUUCACAUUUAUUUACAUUUACAUUUGCAUUUAUUCAUGUUUCAGAUGCCUUUAUCCAAAGUGACUUUCUAGACAGGCAGAACACAAUCCAAAUACAGAGCUGUGCUCCUUUCACAAAAUGUACAGAGUCAUUCAAGACCUGUUUGCUCCUUUAGUUUUGCAUUGGGAUUAUAGUGUCUCAUCGUUACUGCUAGUCAAAUAGCUUAUAAACUCUUGCAGAUUCUUGUGUUACUACAGCUUUAUUCCCCAAGUCAACAAAUUGAUAAGGAAUAAUAAAGGAAAGCAACAUCU